AUGCUAUCGGGUUACGACGAAUACUCCAGUUCGAUAAUUCCAGCAUUGGAAACCGACUUGGUAGUAUUGAGGGAACGUUUUUCAUCCGAUCAAAUUUUCUCCUCAUCUAUCAACAACCAUCCAGAUCUAACGGCUAUAUACACCAAGCAUUUUGAAGACAAGUUCACGGAAGAAGACCAGACUAGCACCAUCAGUUUUAAAUCUGCCGUAAUUGAAAACGUAGUAUUGAACGUCCUCUUCAACGUAAUUGAAAAGAAUGAAAGCACUGAAGUAUUAGUGACAGAGAUUCUGAUACUGUUAGAUUUGGCAAUACAUGGAUAUAAUAAGCAAGUCUACAAAAGUUUGCCAUUGAUUAUUGUAUUGCAAGCGUUUGCCAAAUUGGAUAUUGAUAUAAUUUGCGACAAAUUGGGCCCAAUUUUGUUAGGUCCUCACUCAAAUGAACGCAAAAGGAUCCUGCAACAGAAUGGAUCUUUGAUCGGAAAAAAAUCACCUGGUUUAGUGCUAUUAAGUUAUUCUCAAAAGAUAUUAAACAGAUUAUUCAAACACAUUGAAUCACAUGAGCUAUUUGGUGGAUACUUUAGAACGUUUAUCAGAACUAGUUUUGCUCUUGAUGACUCCUUACUGCCCACGAGGAAAUGGGAAACGAAUGUCAACACUAAAACUUUUCUGACGGGUUUGCAAAAGCAAUUGAGACAAACUAGAGGUGUAUCCAGUGCUGAGAAUAAGCUGAAUAGAAAAAUGCAAGAAGACUUCAAGCGGUUUGUUGAUUUGAUGAUUUUUUUGAAUGAUCCUGUGCCUCUAAUUGAAGCCGACAAAAGGGGAAGAACUUUCAGGCAUUUAUCAGAUAUGGAGAACUCAUUGAAUUUUGUUUUUGAGUUUUUGAAGACUCUCAUUGACAUGGAUAAGAAACAAAAACACGGGAUUAGAUUGCAGAAUCAAAGUUUUUUUCUACCUGAAACCCAGAGAUCGGACAGAGAAAUUGCACAAGUGGUUGAACAUUAUACCAGGAAGUUGCUUCAGUUAGAAAUUCCUGUUACUGCGGAGCUCUUUCAGAAACAGCUCAACGAUUAUACAUUCAGACAAUUAAUUCUCCUACAAGUUGUUGUUGGAGCUACAUACAUUUUAUCACUCAAGAAAAAAGAAGUUGAUGACAGGAUUGCCAGGUUAAGGAAGGCCACAAAGGAUCCAAAACUGGCGCAACAGUUACACAACAAAAUGCCUGCCGUAAUAUAUGAUAGGGAUUUAUCUGAUGCAUGUUCUAAUCUUCGAAACACGAUAUUAAAGCAUUACAAAGAGUUUGAUAGUAAUUUUUACGAAACCUUACAAAGCAUUGCCGCAUCAGAAGAGUCCUGGAUUGAUUGGAAAUUGCUUCAGUACUCUCUAGCAAUUAUUGAAACGGGAAAGUUUGAUAGCCAUGUCACUUUAUUCAAUGAACAGCUGCCAAGUUUGUACGAAUAUGCUCCACAGUACUCUCACAAGCUUGGGACACCUCAAUUAUCACGAAUAUGGAAAAUUGAAACCAGUUUACCGCAUCUAAAGAACCACAGUUUUGAUAAAGAGGAAUUUGUUGAAGAUAUUAGAAUGGAACUAUAUCCACUAGAUUCCCAAUUACAACAACCGGAUUUGGAUUCUAAACACAAGGAAGAAAUUCAAGGUCAGAAAGACUAUUUGAAUUGGAAAUCAAUGAGAUUUCUUAGAUCAAAUAAUGAAUGGCUGAAAUUGAAACAAACUAAUGAGAAAGUUGGACUUGAGGGUAUGUUUGAUGAUGGUCUUUUGAUGGACGAAGAUUUUGAGGAGGAGAUUCCCUCCGAAGUUAAAGAGAUGAUGGAAAAGAUUCAACAGGAAGAGAAUGAGAAAAUAGAGAAACAAAAGAAAGAGGAGGCUGAUGAAUUAGAGCAAGAACAAACUAAGAACGAAGCCGAUAAAUUGGAAACCCAAGAAAGUCAAGUAGCGCCUGAAGAAAAGAGAGAUGAAGAAACAACGAAUGAUGCUGCAGAGAAAGGUUUGCCAGAGAAACUUGAACCGUCCCAAAUUGAUGAGUCGCCAGUAGAAAACAAAUCACCGGCAAUUCAAUCCCCCAGGACUGCAUCUCCGGCCAGCGAGACACCUAAAUUGAGUUAUGAAGACACAAAGCUACAGUCUGAUGACGAAUCUUCCACCAAGCAACCAAGCUCCACCUCACAAGCCGAUCUUUCAAACGAUCUUGAGGGAGUUCAAAAAAAGCGGAAGCUAUCGACAGACUCGGAAUUGCCCACGGCAAAAAAACUCAAACCUUGA